GCAUAGUAAUUUCUCUUCUCUAAGAUAAAUACAAUGCAAAAGAAAAGUUAAAAAUUGGAUAACCAAAAUUUGGAACCAAACCGCAGAGUUCAUAGAAAGACACGACCAACAAGAAUUCGUGUGCAAAUGGCGAUGAACAUGCAAGUAACACCUUUCAAUAUCCCAAACCUCCAAAAGAGACAGCCUCAGAACCUUAAUUUUCCAAACAAACAUUCAUCAAAACCCAUUUGUUGUUCUCUUAGCAGUUCAGACAUGGUUGUAUCUCAGAAACUUGCACAACAGUUCAAUCCAAAUAUUCCUAUAGAGAAAGCUGUUACACCUCCAUCAUCAUGGUAUAUUGAUCCCUCUUUCUUCCACCUUGAGCUCGAUCGUGUCUUCUAUAGAGGCUGGCAAGCUGUUGGAUCGAUGGAGCAGAUAAAGAAUCCUGGUGAAUUUUUCACUGGAAGACUAGGAGAUGUGGAAUUUGUGGUAUGUCGUGAUGACAGUGGGAACGUCAGGGCCUUCUACAAUGUUUGUCGGCAUCAUGCCUCCAUUCUUGCUUCUGGAAGUGGACAAAAGUCCUGCUUUGUCUGCCCAUACCACGGUUGGACAUAUGGAUUAAAUGGAAAUCUUCUUAAGGCAACUAGGAUAUCAGGAAUGCGAGAUUUCAACGUAAAUGAUUUUGGUCUUAUACCAAUCAAAGUAGCGACCUGGGGGCCUUUUGUCCUUCUCAAUUUUGGAAAGGAGAAGGAAGAAGUUGAUAAUCAUAAUGUAGCAGAGGAAUGGCUUGGUAGCUGUACAGAAUUACUUAGCACCAAUGGAGUUGAUUCUUCGUUAAGUUAUGUAUGUAGACGUGAAUACACCAUUGAGUGCAAUUGGAAGGUAUUCUGUGAUAACUACUUAGAUGGUGGCUAUCAUGUGCCAUAUGCGCAUAAAGACCUAGCAUCUGGUCUUAAUCUUGACUCCUAUUCUACCAAAUUGUUUGAAAGGGUUAGCAUCCAAAGUUGUGAAGGCGGUUCAGAGAAAAGCAAAGAGAAUAAUGAUCGACUUGGAAGAAAAGCCAUAUAUGCUUUCAUUUACCCAAACUUCAUGAUCAAUAGGUAUGGACCUUGGAUGGACACCAAUCUUGUACUCCCACUAGGACCCAGCAAAUGUCAAGUAGUUUUUGACUACUAUCUUGAACCCUCACUACAGGGUGACAGAGAUUUCAUCGAGAAAAGUUUACAAGAUAGUGAGAAAGUGCAGAUAGAAGAUAUUGUGCUGUCUGAAGGUGUCCAAAAGGGCCUCCAAUCCCCAGCGUAUUCUGUGGGAAGAUAUGCUCCGAAAGUAGAGCAGGCCAUGCACCAUUUUCAUUGUCUUCUGUAUGAAAACCUGACAACUUAAAUCCUGUUGCUCAUUAUGGAUGAUAAAUUGUCGCAGCAACCAAUAAAAUCUGCGCCCCAUACCGGCAAUGAGCAUCUGUCUAAAUUUGAAAUUGAUGCAUAGUAUAUGCUACUAUUCUACCAGACGAUUUUAUUUCAAUCAAACAUAAUAAAGUUUACCAGAAGAUUGACUUUAUCUUCUGUUGAAAAUGAUAGUUAUUUGGAAAUCUGCUUCUGUAAAUUUGCUGCUCCAGUAUUGAUUCUGGUCAUAGGAACGGGGUGGGUUGCCACAUUCUCAGAAAUUUCUCAAUCUCCUAAGAAUUGCUGGUCUAUUUUUGAGUAACCAAAACCAGCUGCUAGGACUUGGUAAAUAAACCUACCCAAUAAUUAUCAUGCCAAUAAUAUCUGUUCUCUUGAAAGAAAUCAUUUUAUUUUCUUA